AACAAGUUUUCAUAUCACUCCAAAUCUCGUAAUUGUUCUUUUUCCACUUAGUUCUUACCCGUUCCUUUAUUUGAACUCCUAGCUCACAUAGGACCUCAUUUCUGUUCUGUUUGAAUAAAAGGUGUCACUGAAUUUAACAUAUGUUGUCGACAUUGUUAAAAGUUGGGAUGUUUUCUGGUUUGUGAUAUAGAAGAUACUUCAACCAUACUAAGUAUGAAUAGAUGUCACAUUUCCUAUCAAUAACUUUCUCACAGCAAUGAUUGUAUAUAAUGGAACCACUAGGAGACCAAUGUUGAGACAACGCAUAAGGUCUCGUUGGAAGAGGUCAGUUAGUCGAUGGAAUUAUGGGCGUUUAUUGACGGUAGUGACUUAGUCCAAUUCAUUAAUUAUCUUCCUUUAAGUCUCAAUCAUUUUAUAACCCUUCAGUUAUUUUCGUUUGUUUAAUUUUGAUCAUGUCGAUUUUGAUAUCUCUCCCUUUUAGGUGAGUUUCUCGUAUACUAUUGUAAAGUGUUUUAACUGAAGGUAUAUUUUUACACGAAAUUCUUCGUCAAAUUCCUUACUUGAAUAAUGCAUUUUGAGGUCUUUGUCUCUGUAUUUAGCGAGCAGUCUUCUACUACCAUUUUCCGUUGUUUUCUGUCUUAGUCAUUAUGACUUGCUAAGAAAACCUUGUCAUGGUGUUUUCCUUUCAAGGAAAGCUAACAGUUUAAUUUUCUCGUUUUAGGAGUAUGCAGUCAAGUUACAUGCUAAUAGACCUGAUUUAUACAAAGAUGCUAAUCACAAACCGGAAAUAGCUAUCGCAUUAACACCUUUUGAGGUGAUGGUCGGUUUCAGACCACCCGAAGAAAUUGGUGCCUUUGCGAAACAUAUUCCUGAACUUCACGCCAUUAUUGGUCCAGAUUUUACAAAUGGCUUGUUAAAUAUCUUCACAGAUAAAACGCUUACUUCUUCGUCAAUUAAAGCCGCCUACUCUCGUUUGAUGAAUGCCGAGUCCAGUGUUGUCAGCAAUUUAGUGGAAGCUUUGAAAAGACGUCUGACUAAUGGUGAAAAGAUAAUUAUCCCACCUUUAAAAAAUUAUAUUCUUGAUACAGAAGCUCUUGGAGAGAUAUUCAUUCGUUUGGCAACAGAUUACCCUGGAGAUGUUGGUUGUUUUAGUUUGUUCUUUUUUAAUUAUUUAAAACUCAAUCCAGGAGAAGCAAUUUUUCUUGAACCGAAUUUGCCACAUGCUUAUUUAUCCGGUGAUUGCGUGGAAUGUAUGGCUUCUUCGGAUAAUGUAAUUCGUGCCGGUUUAACACCGAAAUUCAAAGAUGUGGAUCAUCUGCUUCGAAUUAUUCAAUAUGAACCUCGAUGGGGAUCAGCAUUGAAAUUUGUUGGGCUGACGAAAAAAAUUGUACCAAUCGAUUCAGAUGUGCAUACUAGUGAUGAUCAAGAAAAGAAUUCAAUUAAAGAUGAUACAUCAGUUAUGUCUGAAAUUGUGACAUUUUCUCCUCCAGUUGAUGAUUUUGCUGUGGAUAAAAUCUCAAUAUCGGACAAGGAUAAAAUAGUACAGUUUUCGCCAUUGAAAUCUGCCAGCGUUUUGAUUAUUAUCCAUGGGAAAGGCACAUUACAACGUUUGCAUUGGGAUCCUUUAUCCACUUCUAACACUAAGCUAGACAGUCACAGAUCAAAAUAUGCAGAUAAUUAUGAAAUGCCUUCUGCAUUUGUUUGUGAAUCUUUUGAAUACGAUCAAGGAUCUGUGUUUUUCAUCAACGCUGGAACUGCUUUCAGUGUUCAUCAGUUACAGAAAAAUGAUUUACAUUUAUUAGCAUUUCGAGCUUAUGCAAAUGUCUCCACUGACUAAAUAUUAUUUUUUGGGAUCCUUUCUUACCCUCAUACUUUUAAUUUAUAUUGAUUUUUGUUUUCUAGAAAUCCGGUUCUCUAAUUAGUUAGCCAUAAACAAUGUAUUCAAUCGUAUCAUUUGGAAACUGUAUUUUUCUUUAAUUGGCUCUUUAAUAAUAUGUGAGAUAUAUAAACAAUAAAAGAAACAGUGAUUGUACUAGAUUCAAUGUUUUUCUUUUCCGUAUAUUAUGUUGUUCGUAGUAAACGGU